UGACACACAGACGUUUUAUCUGGCAAACAUGAAAGAACUUUAAUCCAGCUUUCAUUGUUUCUCACCCGUGGCCAUUGGGUUACAGCGUGCGCUCACGGCGGUGACGUAACGCUUGUCAGCAAUGCUCCACCCUCACCCCGUCCGUCUCACGUUACACAUAGACACGGCCUCGAGCCUUAGCAACGCUACGCCUGACCCUGGCACACAGGUGAGGGAUCUACACGUGAGUUUAUCUUGCAGGGCGUUAAAACCCACAAACAUCUGUCAGCUGGAAACCACGCUUCUGUAAACGUACAAUCUUUCAUCUCAAACAUCAGUCGGUAUUCUCCCAGGAUAGGCUCCCGGGCUUCCCGACUUGGGCGUUGCUACGUUGUUUCACGCUGCUGACGACGUCCCACGCACACACCUGACGUUUUGAAGAGGGCGGUACUGCCGCGUUCACGUCAGCGGAGAUACUGGUGGGUGAUGAGCUCUGGAGUAGUGGAAGUGAAUGUUUUAUUUUUGGCGUUGCCACUGCCGUGACCGUCACUUUCAAGUCCCCGGACCGUGUGUUUGAAGAACAAUAUCCGAGCUGCGUUCUAGAACGCUAAAGGUGACUAGAACAAACACUGAUGAUGAUUAUGACAUAACGGAGGCGUUCCAGGUGUCCAUGGAGAUCAGAAGGAUCUAGGAAGGUUAUCUUCGUCUGACAGUUGAUGGGAAGACUUGUGUCAUUUACUGUACCUGACCCAGUACCUAGGGAAGUUUCUGUUGUGGGUACGUACCUGAACGACGACAGUUUACCACCUUCCACCGUAUACGACUAUCAUAACCAGUUCCUAUACAGGAAACUCAGACCGAGAAGGCAUUCUAAAGUAGCACAGUCUACCUUGAAGUGCUGACAGUUGUCAAUAUGGGCUGUGGCUCGAGCUCUAACCAACCCUUGGCCACGGAACCACGGCCAGUUCCUAACGGCGAGCCUGUCCUGUUAAACGUUCACCACAGGGAUCCUGGCGAUGGUGCCUCUGAAGUGCCGUCUGUGCCCGCUGUAGUCGAGCCUGUUGUACAGAAGACAGUGACAGCCCCCAACCCUCAGGUCGCGGACCGCUGCCGGGUCACCAUCCUCCACUUCAAUGACGUGUACAACAUCGAGGAGCGGCCCAACACCGAGCCUGUGGGCGGGGCCGCCAGGUUCGCCACCGCCAUGGGGAAAUAUCGGGACCAGAACCCGCUGGUCUUCUUCUCAGGCGACUGCCUCAAUCCUUCCAUGAUGAGCAGUAUCACGAAAGGCAAACAGAUGGUCCCUAUCUUAAACUCGCUCAAGGUGAAGGCUGCCGUGUACGGGAAUCACGACUUCGACUUUGGAGUUGACGAGCUGGAAGACGUCACCAUGGAGACGAAGUUCCCCUGGCUGAUGAGUAACGUGAUUGACACAUUGACAGACAAGCCGCUGGCGGAUGGGCUGGAAAAAACUGUCAUCACCUGGGGUACCAAAAAGAUUGGCCUUAUCGGUCUAGUAGAGGAGGAGUGGUUGGUUACCCUGGCAACGGUGGACAAGGACGACCUGAAGUAUCUGGACUAUGUGGAAGAGGGGAGAAGACUGGCGAAGGAACUCAAGGAAGAGGGCGUUGACCUGGUUAUCGCGCUGACGCACAUGAGAUGGCCGAAUGACGUCAGACUGGCGGAGCAGGUGGAAGAAAUUGAUUUGAUCCUAGGCGGACACGACCACGACUAUGACGUCAAAAAGGUUAACGGGAAAUACAUCGUGAAGAGCGGGACUGAGUUCCGGAACUUCACCAAGGUAGAGGUGGAUUUCAUAGGUCCAAAGUACGAGAUCAGCACCAUGAAAAUAGAGGUCACCAGCGCGUAUCGGGAGGACGUGGAGAUGAAGAAAAUUGUGGAGGAGUUCACAAGUUUGAUGUCUGACAAGACAGCCACUACCCUGGGGAGGAUAGAAUCGGAGCUGGACGGGAGAUUUGCCACCGUCAGAACUCAGGAGAGCGCUCUUGGAAACUUCCUGACGGACGUGAUGGUAGCCGCCACCCAGGCUGACCUGGCCAUCCUGAACUCGGGCACUCUCCGGUCCGACUCCGUCCAUUCUGCCGGGGACUUCACCAUCAAGGACCUACUGACCAUCCUGCCACUCAUCGACCCCCUGGUGGUCCUGGAGGCUACAGGUACUCAGAUCAUACAGGCUCUGGAGAACGGAGUGAGUCAGUACCCUAAAACUGAGGGCAGGUUCCCGCAGGUGUCGGGAAUCAUGUUCGGGUUCGACCCUGAGGGACCGCCGGGCAGCAGGGUGGACCCCAACUCCGUCAAGGUCGACGGGGAGUACCUGGUGCCUGAGAAGGUGUACAGAGUAUGUACCAAAGCCUACAUAGCACGUGGUAAAGACGGAUACGACGUGUUCAAGGACUGCAAGCCACUGACGGACCCAGAUGAGGGCCCGAUCCUGUCCACUGUGAUCCAGAACCACUUCACUGCUGUGGACAUUGUCAAGGGUCUGAAACCCUGCAGAUCCGGACAUCAUCAGAGUCUCAUCCACGUGGCCAGCGUAGCUAAAAAAAAUAGCGUUGAGGUGCUGAAUAAAAGCAGCAUCAGAAGCUUGCAGUCCCUUUUCACCAGCAUCGCCCCAAAAGUAGAGGGCAGGAUCAUCCAAGUCAACGAGGAGAUGAAAACGAAGAAUGCUGCAGAGAGGAAGACGUUUGAAGCCGACGAGAAUGUCCAGACAGAAGCUGCCAAUCCUCCAGAACCGACUCCUGGUCCUCCUGUCAUCAAACUAGAGAACGAAACCCAGGAGAACGAAACCCAGGGAGAAACAUCCACAGAAACGUCUUCGGAUGCAAAGAAAGAAACACCUUCUGCCGGUGAGGAAGCUGCUCCAUCCACUGAUGGUGGGAAAGAAGUGUCAGAAGACCAACAGCCAGCUGAAAGUCAACAAAAGGAAUCAGGAGAAGGAAAAGACGCCGAAAAGGAAGGAGAGAAAAAGGAAGUCCCCGGCUCAUCGACAGAAGGUGAGGCAGUUAAAGAAAACAAAGAAGUGGGUCCCGAUGAUAUUGUUGCUAAGGAGCAAGGCAUAGCCCUCGAACAAACGACUGAAGAGAAACAAGAAAACAACAAAGCAGCAGACGAUGCUACAAAAAGCGAGCAAACUGCUCCAGACGAAAAGGCUUCCGAUGCCAAACCUUCUGAGGAGCAACAGGGUAAAGAGAACAACGAGAAGCCAACCGAAGGUGCAUCGGAGGCUGGAGAUACGGGAAAGAUAGAAGAACCCGCAAAAGCAGACGAAGCUGCUGAAAAGGAACCUGCAAAAGAAGAAGGCGCUGCUAAAACAGAGACAACACAGGCAGAGGACGCCGCCACAACGGACGAACCCGCAAAAACAGAAGAAGCUGCUAAGACAGAAGAACCAAAAACAGAAGAAGCUGCUAAGACGGAAGAAACUGCACCAGUUGAAGAACCUGCUAAGACGGAAGAAGCCUCACAAGAAAAGGAGGCUGUUGAGACAAAAGAACCUACAGAAACAGAAGAACCUGCGCAAACAGAAGAACCGACAAAAGCAGAAGAACCGACAAAAGCAGAAGAACCGACAAAAGCAGAAGAACCGACAAAAACAGAAGAACCGACAAAAACAGAAGAACCAACAAAAACAGACGCUCCGACAAAAACAGAAGAUGCUGCUAAGUCGGAAGAACCAGCAGGGCAGGAAGCCGCCGAGGGUGAACCUGUCAAAACGGGGGACGCUGCUACGACAGAGGAACCCGCCAAAACGGGGGACGCUGCUACGACAGAGGAACCCGCCAAAACGGGGGACGCUGCUACGACAGAGGAACCUGCCAAAACGGAGGACGCUGCUACGACAGAGGAACCCGCCAAAACGGAGGACGCUGCUAACACUGAAGAGCCUGCAAAAACUGAGGACACUGUAAGCAAAGAAGACCCCGUAAAAACAGAAGACACAGCGAAGACUGAAGAACCUGUAAAGGCUGAGGAUGGAACAAAGGCAGAGGAACCAGGACAAGCGGAGGCUGAUGCCAAAACUGCAGAGGCUGCAAAAGCCGAAGAUGCUGCUAAGGUAGAUGAAGCAACAAAAACUGACGAAAACGCAGAGGUCACCAAACCAGAAGAUCCGGUAAAGGUGGAAGAAAACACCGAAGCUGACAAGCCAAAGGAGGAGGAGAAAACAUCGGAACCAACGGAGGCCAAAGCAGAGGAUACAGCCAAUCCUGAAGACACUGCAGCUACUAAGACUGAAAACGAGAACAGUCAAUCUCAGGAAAAUGAUAAAUCAGGUGAAAAUGCAACGAGCGAGGACAAGGCAAAAGAGGACGUGUCUUCAGACAAGAAAGAAGCUGAAACACAAGAAGGCACAGCGUCCUCCGCCGGCACUGAUGCCAAAUCAGAUAGUGCUGCAGCUGAACCAGCGGCCGCAUCAGAAACUGCAGCACCGAAUGAGAGCUCCUAGUAAAGAUGUUGGGGCAACUAGCAUUUCUAGAAUGGACCCACGAGAACACAAAAGUCUUUUGGAGUGCUUUAGUCGGGUUGAUUUCGGGAUGAUGUGAAUUGUCACUGACAAUGUAGGUUUUGAUACAGCGGAAUUGAGUAUGAAGGUUUGUGCUGAGGAAUGACAUCAUUGUAUUAAAGGGUCAAAUAUGAUUUGGUGGGCUUUUAAUAGAUGGUGUUAACGUGUAAAAUUUCAAAAACAUGUAGUACCGAGUGUAAAUAUUACAUGUGAUUAUUGUACAGUGGAUCUAUAGUCAGUAUAAUUUCUGGUUUUACUUGCCGUGUUGUGAUUAUUGGGUUGAUGGUACUUUUCAGCAAUGGAUUUAAAAAAAAAAACACAUCUCAGAAAAAAUGUACAUAGAUACAGAAAUCGUACGUAUGGUCUUUCCUGAGAUAAUAUUGUACAAUCACAAACGUUGCUUGGAUGGUCUUAAGUCCAUUAACAACUCAGAUAUAAUAACGCAGUAAGGGAACCAUCAGUUUUGUUAUUUAUUUUGAAUAAAAGUAAAAGCUUG